AUGUCUCAGAUUUGGACUGUACAAAUGGCAGCACCUCCAUGAGUCUUUCGACACCUCUCACUUUCUCUCUCUCUCACUGACCCGCCACCGCUAACCACCGGCAUCUAUCCUUCUUAUAGCAUCCAUCUCACACACCCAUAACAAAGUUUUCAUAUAUUCUCCUUCAAAAACACACACACACAAACAAACAAACUUGUUUUUGAUUUGUACUUCAUGGCAGGAGUAGUAAAAGAGUUUGACUCUAGUCAUGAUAUGUUCAAAGUCAGAGAAGAACCCAAGGUCGUUUUUAAUAAUAAAGAUUUGUCUGAAGAGAUGAUGAAGAUUAAAGAGGAACCCAUGUUAGUGUUUGAUGAGCAUGAAGAUUUUGUUGGUGGUGAGGAGGCACCGAAGCCGAUUGAAGGGCUGAGAGACGGCGGACCUCCGCCGUUUCUCAAGAAAACGUUUGAAAUGGUGGAUGACCCAACAACAGAUUCAAUUAUUUCAUGGAGUAGUUCUAAAAAUAGUUUUAUUCUUUGGGAUCCUCAUAAGUUUUCUACUGAUCUUUUGCCGCAGAGAUUCAAGCACAAUAAUUUCUCUAGCUUUGUUCGUCAACUAAACACUUAUAGGUUCAAGAAAAUCGAUCCUGACCGAUGGGAAUUCGCAAACGAGUUUUUCCAAAAGGGUAAGAAGCAUUUGUUAAGAGACAUAAAGAGGAGAACAAACCAGCCACAAAACACACAAAAACAAGAGGAAAUCAGGAAACAAGAACAACAACAAUGUUGUGGUCAUCAAACAAACUCUACAAUGGAGACCGAGCUAAAGAAUCUAAGAAAAGAAAGAAUCACACUUAAACAAGAGAUCUUGAAGAUGAAACAGCAACAAGAGAACACCGAAAAGCAUUUGGAAAUGGUUGAAGAACGUAUGCUAAGAAUGGAGUUCAAGCAACAGCAGCUGUUAGUUUUCAUGUCUAAAGCGUUUAGAAAUCCGAUUUUCGUUAAGCUUUUGCAACAUCUGGUGCAAAAACAAAAAACGGGAAGUGUCGAAAUGUGCAAAAAGCGAAAACUUGAGCAAAUGCUAGACACUGAUGAUCUCGAUCGUUUUCAAGAAAUGUGGAAUAUGAUUGAACCUGAUGCGUAUACUGUGUUGUCAUCAGAUGGAUCAGUAAGCCCGCCUGAAGAUCAAAACACGAGUGACAAAUCUGGAUCCAACGGUUCAGAUUACAAUUCGGAAAGCUUUAUAUUGUGGGAGAAACUAAUGGAGGACGAACUGAUAUUCGGCGGUGAACAAUCGGGUAAAGAUCAAACAGAAACUUAUCUCCAAGAGUGGGAAGAGUUAAUCCCAAAAGCUUAAGGGGGAUUCUGAUGCAUUCAUGUGAUCGUUAUCAUCGGUAACAUGAUAAAGAGCAUCUGGUAGGGUGCUGCAGUGAUCGGGUAAGCUUUAUCUUCUGGUACUGGGCAGUUGAUGUAGAUGUAGAAACAAAUGGGGUACAGUAUAGGUGUUUGUGUGUGUGUUGUGUUUGUUUUUGUUGUAUUUUGGUUGGGGUCUUGUAGAAAUAACGAUGACAAUAAACUCCUUAGUUUCUAGUAGAAUUUAGGGUUGUAAAUCAAGGUAGUUCUCCAUGUAAAUGAGUUAGUUUGUGUUGUAUUUCAUAACUGACGAGGUAAUUAUAUGAUCUUUUCAUUG